CCAGGGGACUUAAAAGUUGGGUGGGUUUGGGAUUCGGGUUUUCUUUUAGUGAUCCGAUCGCGAAUGAAUUUGGUAUGUUGCGGACGGUCUCUUGCCCUUCCUUCGAUCCGUCACCGGAAAAUCUUCAAGACUCACGAUAGUUAUUGCCUUUCUUUCUAUUGAUAAUUUGCUUCUGUGUAGUAUUGUUGUUAUUAGGGUUAGGGAUUCCGUUCCAAUUCCGUUGUGGAAUCAACCAUACAAUGUACGCCGAUCGCGUCGAGGCUGCGUCCCGGGUUUCCAUAAGGGAGCGCCUCUAUGGCGACACCGAAAAAGGUCCCGUUCGCCAUAGGCAGGUUACCGGCAAGAGACAGCGACAAGAUGAUAAGUGGGAACAUGAUCUUUACAGGGAUGAUGAACCUCAUGUCUCAGAUCGGAGAAUUGGGGUUAAAGAUCUUCGGUUGAAGCUCCAGAAGAAGAGUGCCCAGCAAGUAUUUCAAGGUAGAAAUGAAUCUGUUUCAGGUGUAAGGGAUCUGCGUGAAAAGCUCUCAGGUAUGAUGUACUUGCAGCCAGAAAAUACUGAUCCACCAAAGCCAAAACUGAAGCCAAUACUUGAGGGCAGUAAGCCUGUUAGGAAAACUGUUCUUGUUGAAGCCCCUGAGCAAGAGAUCAAAAAAGUUGCUAACUCAGUCCCUAAGAAAAAGACUUCUCAAAAGGCUGAAUCUGUUGAUGGUUUCCUGAAGUCCUUGGGGUUGGAAAAGUACUCUAUUACACUCCAAGUGGAGGAAGUUGAUAUGACAGCACUCAUGCACAUGACUGACGAGGAUCUGAAGGGUUUAGGAAUACCCAUGGGUCCAAGAAAGAAGAUACGUUUGGCCUUGGAAUCCAAAGUCUAGCAUCUGGGAGAGGGACUCCCUGUGCCCCGAAGGAAGAUCUUGUCUAACUGGUAGAACUAGAACUCCUCUAUGUAAACUGUUUUACCGGAUUAAUUCUCAGAUCUUGUACUGGGGAAUGUGGCUUCAAUUGGCUCAUUAGUUCCUAAUUAGAAAAGAGGCUCCGAUUUGGGAGAGAAUCAGAAACUUUACUGAUGCUUUUGAUAUUAUAUAUAUAUAUAUAUGUAUUUUAUAAUAUGAGAAACUCGAGAGGUCGUUAGUACAUAGAUGAUCUUCGGCCUGAACUAUUCCAUUUUUUCUAAAAUUUACGAUCCGUUUGGAUUCAGCUUAAAUAUAAAUAAAUUCGUCACUUUAAUAGACAUGAGACUUGAAUAGACAUAAGUGAUUGUAUA